AUGGCGGAUCGUAUCGGAAUUUUGGAAGCGGAUGCCGGAAAAGAGAAGGGCCGACCCGUUGCGAGGUGUUUCUCGUGCCUCGUUCGAUUUGUGUGCUGUUGCAGACCGAAGAAGAAGCCAGUAAAAUACGAUCCCUACGUUUUUCUGGAUGAUAGCCAUGUCUACCACGCGUGUUUUGGGUGUAUUCACGUCAAGCGGUUGGCUGUUUUUCUCGUUUUAAUUAAGACGGUGGCGUUAUUUGCAUUUGUGUGUCGUCAAUUAUUUGCCUCGUCUUCCUCAUCGCUGUCAAAUAUUGCCUGCGUAUUCAUCACAUCAGCCACGACCGUCAGCUACAUUCUAGUGAUAGUUGGCGUCCAAAUAAAGCGAUAUACCUUCAUCAUCCCCUAUUUUACAAUUUGUGUGCUUGUCAUUCUCGUAAUGAUCAUGCAGUUGUUUAUGGAUUUCCUCGAUACCGCAAACCGAAAGACGACGCUCGACCCGAAGGCAAUGGCGCAGAAUGCGACGUUGUUCUCGAUCAUCGCCUUCGAGAUCUACACGUUAUCCGUGGUGUGGAAGGCGUUCAUCUACGUCAACGACUUUCAGAUGAACGUCGAUUUGCACUCGAAGGAGCGUCGCGAGAGGCUAAAUUCGAUCUUCAUAAAACGAGAUGAUGAGGGGCUGAUGCACAACCAUUUGAUACCAAUAAAAGAGGAGAGCGAUGAGGAGCCGGAGGUGCCGGUGAACCUGCGAAAGAUGACGCUGAGAAGGUCGGAGAGCAUCGUAGCA